CAGUUUUAUUUUGUGGUUUCAGAAAAAUUGUCGAUGCGCAAGUGAAGACAGACACCUUGUGUUGACAAGUGAAACUGCGCACAGUUUCAACCUAAUUUAAACCAUGUGAAACUCCAGCAUCCGGGCACUCCGUCAUCCGGGGUUUGUCUCUGUCUUGUUCCUUCUCUGUUUACAAACAGAAAGAGCGCAGAAUGGUCGAUGCGCCGCGACGUCAUCCCUCCGACCACGUCAUUUUACUUCGACCUUCCAAAAAUGUUUUUCACACCGAACGAGAAGCACGACCCACCAAACUUCACCCGUAUUUACUAUUCGAGCAAGCACGAGUGCAUUAGACAUCAAAUAUAGCUCCUUUUUUUGCCACAUGUAAUGCACGUGUCGUCAGGUUCCAGGAACUGCAACAGUAUUAACCUUUAAUAUGCCAGAGACCUUAGAGUAAGCCCUACGAAAAUGGUCUAGGGGGAGAUAAACAUCUUAGAUUAACUUUACAAAAAAAUCUAAACGACAUCGCACCAGCUAACGGUUUCAAAACUGCGGAAAGGUGAACGAGGAUUUAAAUCACGCCCCGCUCCAGUCCGUUAAUCCAUGACGUGUUUUCCACGCGCCAGCUCCAUGUUUUGACUACCAACAGCAACACAGUGAACCUUGCCAACACUUAGCCGUUGUGCUCGCAAUCCCCUGUGUGUUUUUCAACAAAAUGGCUGAUUUAGGGGAUGAUACCGGAGCGAGAGCCCUACUGGCGCUCAAAUCCGCGCCUUGCAGCCCGGUGGCUGUUUCUGUCCCGCCGGUGUACACGCUCUCCUCCUCGACCUCGCACGGAGUCGCAUCCUCAAUGUCCCUCUCCGCUCCGGCGCAGGCCCUCGCUCGCCUGGAGGGCAGGGACUUCGAGUUCGCCAUGCGCCAGAGGACGGUUACCGUGGGGCGGAACUCGUCGCACGGCUCCGUGGAUGUCAACAUGGGCCACUCGAGCUUCAUUUCCAGGAGACAUCUACAGAUCGCCUUCGAGGAGCCGCAUUUCUACCUGCGCUGUCUCGGCAAGAACGGUGUGUUUGUCGACGGCGUUUUCCAGAGGAGGGGCGCACCUCCACUUCUCCUGCCGAGGGAGUGCACAUUUCGGUUUCCCAGUACGGUGAUCAAGAUUCAGUUUACGGCGCUGUAUCACAAGGACACACAGAAGGAGGAUGCGCCUGUAUCCCCCGUGAGACCCCUUUAUCCUCAAAUCUCUCCGCUGAAAAUCAGCAUUCCUGAAAAUGACUUCAGAAGUAUGAUGAGUCCCCUGCCUUCACCGACAGGAACUAUUAGUGUUCCCAAUUCCUGCCCAGCGAGCCCUCGGGGUGCAGGUUCCUCGGGAUACCGAUUCGGGCGCAGCAUCACCUCAGAUCUCCAGCUGGCAGCAGAGUACGCUGCCAAAGCGGUGUCAGAACAGCGCACUGAAGCCACAGGAGGAGAUAGUCCUAAAGAUGAGUCCAAACCUCCGUACUCGUACGCUCAGCUGAUAGUCCAGGCCAUCUCGUCUGCACCGGACAGACAGCUAACACUAAGUGGCAUCUAUGCUCACAUCACCAAGCAUUAUCCCUACUACAGGACGGCCGACAAAGGCUGGCAGAACUCCAUUAGACACAACCUAUCUCUGAACCGCUACUUUAUUAAAGUGCCGCGCUCACAGGAAGAGCCAGGCAAAGGUUCGUUCUGGCGUGUGGACCCCUCAUCAGAGUCCAAGUUGGUGGAGCAGGCCUUCAGAAAGCGCCGACAGAGAGGAGUGUCCUGUUUCCGCACACCCUUCGGCCCUCUGUCCUCAAGGAGUGCUCCAGCAUCUCCCACCCACUCCGGCCUCCUCUCUCCAAACUCAAGCGGCCUCCAGACACCUGAGUGUCUGUCACGGGAAGGAUCACCAGUGUCUCAUGAGCAUGACUUUGGUUCUAAGCUUGCUUCUGUGCCCGAGUACCGAUACUCCCAGAGUGCACCAGGAUCUCCAGUGAGCGCUCAGCCUGUCAUCAUGGCCGUGCCACCUCAGUCCUCAGCCGCGAUGCCCCAGCCUGUGGCUUACAUGCCGGCCUCCAUCAUUAGCUCCUCCCAGGCCUCUGGUCAGGCCAUCCAUGUGGUGCAGCAGGCGCCAGCUUUCACCAUGGUUCGUGUAGUGACCACCUCCACCAGCUCUCCCAAUGGCUAUAUCCUGGCUAACACCACCUCAUCAAACUCUGGAGAGGGACAUGGAGAUCAAAGAGUCUUUCCGUCUGUGUUGUGUUUAGGUGCAGUGGAGGAGAUGCCUGUGGUUGGCAGUAGAGUUAUUCAGGCUGUAGGGAGUCACAUAAGCUCAGCCAAUAGGGGACAGCAGAGUUACACUGUUGUCCAGCAGAGUGCCAUACACCAGCUUCCUGUGCAGACCAUUGCUCAGAAUGGCAAACAUGCUCUUCCUGUCACCAGUGUACCAACCAGUGCUUACGCUUUCACCAAUCCUCUUCAGAUCUUGGCUGCGCAGGCUUCCACAUCCCCUCCUGUGCUGGUCAGCAGGCCCUCCAGCAUGGAAACAGACGAGUCCAGCGUCAACGAGCCCGAACCCAAACGGGCCAAAAUGGAGGAGGACAGUGUCGCUCCAGUCCCUCAGCCUGUAAUUGUUGCAAUGAAUCAAGAGGCAAGCGAAUGAACCAGUGAGUGAGCGAGUGAGCCGACGACCCAUCUUUAAAAGCACAUCUCGCAAUAUCCUUAAACGUAUUGAGGGAAACGUGUUUGGUUUUCUUUAAAACAAGAACUUCAAAGUUUUGUAAACGCCCGACUCGGGUGACUGGUGGAAUGUCUUUGUAAGAAGAGGUUGUUGUUUCUUGGGGGUAAAUUCAGUGAGCUACAUCUGGCAGCAUUAAAAUUCAAUGCACACACAGUUUUAAUUUUGUAGGGGUUUUUAAUCUUGCAAGAAUGUUUGAAAGAAGUAUGAAGAGAGGUACACGUGCCUGAAGACACCAGCUAGGCACGUGCUCCCAGGUAGUUCCUCACAAGGUACAGCUGAGAGAGUUCUUCUUUUCGGGAUGGGGUGGGACCAAUACCUAUGCAGCUAUUACAGUCUGAGACCAAGAGUGUCUCUGAAUUGAAGCAGUAUAUAAAAAGGGUCACAGGAAGCUGUGGUUACCUGUGCGGCCUUUGUGAGGAUUUAUUUAUCUCUCUGUUUAAAAGAAAAAAGGCUAUCUUUAAUGAAACAAGAUUGUUACAACUCAAAGCAGAAAUGAAUAGAUAUAACCGAAGCCUUUUCUAGCUGGAGUCCUUUAACCUACUUUAUUAUAGUGUACAAAAUCUUUUUUUCUGUGGAGGAUUCUUACCUUGCUCGCUUACUACAAAGAGAAAUGUCUAGAAAUAUGAUUAUUUCUUAAUUGGUCUAUGUUUAGUGCAAAAAAUUAAAAAGAACUCUGAAUGUAAGUACCGUUUGUUUAUUUGUUAUGACCCCAUGGCACCCACUUUUGACCUAAACAAUAUAUUAAACCAUUAGAAUGUGUUUGUAGGUA